AUGGCAAGCCCAAACACUCUCGAAGAAAUCCCCACCGACUCCAAAGGCACAGCAGGCGAUCCCCUCAAGACGCGGAGCCGUGUUCUCGAAGCCAGCGCUUCGGUAAUCCAGGCUUUCGCGCCGGUGAAACAGAUCUGCGCGCAUCUCAAUGCGUUCCAUGCGUAUGCGUCGGAUCCGAAGCGGAGUGUUGAGGCAAAUCAUUACUGUACUCAUGUGACUGAAGAUAUCCGCCAAUGCCUAAUCUACGAUUCACCGCAUCACAACGCCCGACUCAUCGGGGUCGAAUACAUGAUCUCUCCGCGCGUUUACAAGACGCUUCCACCCGAGGAACGGAAACUGUGGCAUACGCAUGAGUAUGAGAUUAAGAGUGGGAUGCUGAUUAUGCCUUCUCCGUCGGGAAUACCAAUCCCAGCCUGGGAAACCGCCGAAAAAGCCGAAAUGCGCGACCUAAUUCCCGUAUACGGCAAAGCGUAUCACUUCUGGCAAGUCGACCGGGGCGACCCCGUCCCUCUCGGCGUUCCGGAGUUGAUGGCGAGCUUCAUCUCGGAUGAGACGGUGACGAACGCGAAGCCCGGUGGUCUGAAGGAAUUGCUGGGGGAUCGGGAUGAGAGGUUUGGGGUGAAUUUUGAGAAGAAGCAGGAGAUGAGGAGGGAUAUUCAGAGUGUGGAGAAACAUCCAGAUGCCGAUGCCAUGUGGAAAGGGCCUGUUACUCGCGUGGUUUUGGAUUGA